AUGGGUAGUGAAGGAUCUCACCCCCCUUGUUUUUCGGAUGAUCCACGUGACCAAUUGGCCUGGCUGGAAUACAUUGGUUUUUACCGUGAGGGCCCACUUCCCACCAAUAACGCUGGACCUCCAUGUCCCAAGCUCAGAUUGCCGGGCGCUACUGUACCUCUAUCACAGAAUCACGGGUACCAAGAAACCCAAGAUAGACGUGCCCGCCAUCGCUCUGCAUACACUGAUGAUGUGUUUGUCAACAAAGAUUCAGCAGCACAGGACAGAGAUCAACAACAAUCAAUGAUAGGAACUAAAAGAAAGCUUUCAUUAUCUUUGCAACACUCUUCCUCAGAAACUGCUAAUGUGCAAGAGAGGUAUAGUAAUGCCCGGCGACGUUACAUGGGCGACAUCUUCAAGGGCACAAGAGUGGGAGUUUCAGGUGUUCUUCAAGAAGGUCGGCGCAACAGACCUUCCAGAGGAAACACCAAUGGAAGGGGUUUGUCCCCACUCCGGAAUCUAGUGUCCAAUGAUCCCCCCAAGUUAUCUGAUGGUGAGAAGCAGGAGGGUGCUGUUGGGGACACAGCCGGCGCUGGACCGUCUCCAGAGCUGCACGGACCUUGUUAG